AUGGAGGAUCAUCUUUUGUCUGAAUUUUUCGAAGAACAUGACCACCGUUACGGCGGCUGCGAUUCCAGCGGCUUUGCUCCCGGGGACGAUCUUUUUAGCAUAUUGGAGAGCUUAGAUGCAGGAGCACUCAUGGAUAAUUUUCCUCCGCCAACACCGUGCGAUGAGCUGGUGUUUAACUCAUCAAAAGAAGGAGAGAUACAAGUGUCACCGGAGCUUGAAACUUCACCAAAACCAUCCAAGAGAGUGAAGCUUUCAAAAGAGGCUUCCCCUGGCAGGACAGGUUCUAAUUCAGACGAUGGACAGCAGAGGAUGUCGCAUAUAACGGUGGAGCGCAACCGGAGGAAGCAAAUGAACGAGCACUUGACAGUCUUACGCUCUCUCAUGCCUUGUUUUUAUGUCAAAAGAGGGGAUCAAGCAUCAAUUAUUGGAGGAGUGGUUGAAUACAUCAAUGAAUUGCAGCAAGUUCUUCAGUCACUAGAGGCUAAGAAGCAACGAAAGGCAUACAGUGAAGUGUUAAGCCCUAGGCUACCAGUUUCCAGUAGUCCAAGAUUACCUUCAUCACCACUAGUACUUAGCCCCAGAAAACCCCCGUUAAGUCCUUUAGCUAGUCCCAGAAUCAGCUGCAGUAGCUUGCCUAUCAGUCCAAGAACCCCACAGCCAACCAGCCCUUACAAGGCUCCCAGGACGACGUCGUUACAACAGUUGCAACAACCGACUUACCUCUCUAGUCCGACCAUAACUGCGGCUAGCUCAUCACUCGAACCAUCUCCUUCUAAUUCGUCGACUACCAGUUAUUCCUCCUCCGUUAACAAUGUUAUUGACAAUCUCAAUGAGCUGUUUGCCAAUUCUAAAUCCGCCAUUGCCGACGUGGAAGUGAAGUUUUCCGGUGCAAAUGUUCUCGUAAACACUGUCUCUCCUCCGAUACCAGGACAAGCUCUCAAAAUCAUUUCGGCUCUCGAAGAUCUUUCCCUCGAGAUUCUCCACGUCGAAAUUAAGACGGAAGACGAAAAAAUUCUUAAUUCCUUCACCAUCAAGAUUGGGAUUGAAUGCCAACUUAGUGCUGAGGAACUCGCUCACGAAAUUCAGCAAACAUUCCACUAA